CUUCAAUUCAUUCACUAACAAGAAACGCAGAACACAAUACAAAGAAAAACACAAAUACACACACUUCCAACCAAAAGCUCUAUAUGGCAACUAUUUCCACUAUAUUCAAUCAAGAAUUCAGGGAGAACUUCCACUACUCAAGAAGACUACUUCUAAUACCAACUACACUACCACAAAACCACCUGGAGGCCACCUUGGCGCCGCCACCGGCAGCCGAAAUCAGCCACGUCAACACAUUUGAUGCAAAUGUUAUUAUGGUCUUGUCAGUACUUGUAUGUGCCUUGAUUUGUUCACUUGCCUUGAAUUCCAUCAUAAAGUGUGCAUUAAGGUGCUCCAACUUAGUAUCAGCUUCAGAUUCAUCCUCAAACUAUAGAAAUCCUUCAGCAGCAAAGCUAGCUAAUACAGGAAUCAAGAAAAAAGCUCUCAAGACAUUCCCAGUUAUAACUUACACUACUGAAUUGAAACAUCCAGGGGUCGACACUGAGUGUGUAAUUUGCUUAUCAGAAUUUGGAGCGGGAGAGAGAGUUAAGGUUCUGCCUAAAUGCAAUCAUGGCUUCCACGUCAAGUGUAUCGAUAAAUGGCUACGUUCCCACUCUUCUUGCCCUACUUGUAGGCAUUGCCUAAUUGAAACAAGUCAAAAGAUUGUUAAUGUUGGAAGUUCUUCUUCUAAUACAAGGUCAACUGCAAACCCUCAGAUAGUUAGCAAUACCUCAUCAGCAGUACCAGUCCAAGAAAUUAUUAUAAGGAUUGAACCUCUCCAACGUGAAGGUGGUACAUCUAACAAUCAAAUUUAGGGAGAAAAAUUUCUUAAUUGGUAUGUAUCACACACUCAAUUAGAAUUAGCUUAGGUUUUUACUUAAUAGUUUAGUUGUUUUUUUUUCCUUGUUGGAACAGUUUUAGUGAGCUAGAGCUAGUAUGAGGCCAACGGCAGUGUAGCCUUCAUAUGAUUCAUUAGUCUUGCAAGUGUAUAUAGAAAUUAAAUUUUAUUUCCGUUUCUUUUGGAA